AUGAGGAGCCUGGCACUAGCUGGGGUAUUCCUGGCUGCCACCCAGGCCUGCAUCUUCUGCCGCCUCCCGGACAGAGACUUGUCAGGCCGCCUGGCACGGCUCUGCAGCCAGAUGGAGGCCCAGUGGAAGGAGUGGGCCUCCCCAGACUUCUCUGCCUUUGCCCUGGAUGAGGUGACCAUGAACAAGGUCACAGAGAAGACUCACAGAGUCCUCAGGGUCAUCGAGAUCCAAAGGUCUCUCUCUUCACUCCCACCCUAUUGGCAAUGGCUGCAGAAGACCCUGAUACCCCAGUACACCAGAGAAGCUCUCUGUGCUCCGGCCUGCCGGGGCAGCACCAUCCUGUACAACUGCUCCACCUGCAGGAGUGCCGAGGUGUCCUGUUGGCCCCGAAAGCGCUGCUCCCCAGGAUCUUUGGGAAGCCAGGGUUCUGCUCCUCUGCGUCUCCGGAGCUGCCUUGCUUCUGGGCGUUCUGAGCCUCCAGCUGGAGUCCCGCCACCUCCGAGCAGCAGGUGA